AUGGAUUUUGUCAUACCGAUUUACUGAAACUUGGACUCAGUGUUAAUAAAAUAAUACAUCUAGAAUAGUGGUUUGUUUUUGUAUAAAAUCAGUGAUCGUCUUUCAGAUACGUAUUAUUACAUCACUCGGGCUGCGCCCUCCUGAAAUAAUUCCUUCGCAUAUGAUUUUCAAACAAUGAUUUUAUUCAAUGAUAAAUCACUAAAUGAUAAUAUCAUAUAUCAUCAAAACAUCAAAGUUUUUUGGUUGUUGGUUGUUUUUUUUUUUUUUAAUUUAUUUAAUUUUUUUUUCUCAAUAAGCAUUUUAAUAAUUACUUCGAAAUUAAUAUAACAGAUUACUACGACGUCGUAUUCUACUUUCUUGUAUUCAUCAAAUACAGAUAACAUCACCGAUUGUUUUGACGUCCUUCAUCAAGGGAAUAUAACCCAAGACGGUGUUUACAACAUAAGCACAUGGAAAAGUCGUCGACAAAUCCAGGUGUAUUGUGAUAUGACCACUGACGGAGGCGGAUGGACAGUUUUUCAAAAUCGGUUUGAUGGAUCCGUUGAAUUUUACAGGAACUUUUCUGAAUAUGAAAUCGGGUUCGGACAUUUGAAUGGGGAAUUUUGGUUAGGACUUGAAAAUCUUCAUGAGUUGGUUUCUCAAGACAGCUCUGAACUUCGAAUCGAUGUGUCGGCCGCCAAUGGAAUGAAAGGCUACGUGACUUUUGAAGAUUUCCAAAUAUCACCAGGCACAAAUUACAGUCUUCAUAUUUCUCCAGGAAACGGAACUAUAGGUGACAGUACAGCGAGUGGGCUGUCAUUUAACAAUAAUGCAGCAUUUAGUACCUAUGACUAUGACCAGGAUUCAUAUAGUGGGAACUGUGCAUCAAUUAAUGAAGGCGCUUGGUGGUUUAGUGAAUGCACGAACGUACACCUGAAUGGGCAGUAUUGUACACCUGGAACAAAUACAUGUGGCUUUCGCGGGAUGAUAUAUUUCAGAUUUAGGACAGUCGAGUCCUUACUUACAUCUCGUAUGAUGUUUAGAAGAGUAUGAACAGUUACUUUAACAGCUAACAGCUUGUAUUAAACAUAUAAAGGUAAUAACAUUACACCAACACAUUUGUUACAUAUAAAUAUUGUGAAAUAGAUUAAAGAAAUGAACAACAAAAUAAAACAAGAUUUCUAAUAACUGUAUCUUCACGCACACAUGCUGUAUGAAUACGCGGAUUUAACACCGAUUUAUGCUCUUUUACACUUUUUUCUAUGAAACAAUUUUGCCUAUCGUACAACAGAGCAUUCGAAGUUUUGGCGAGAGAGUUGAAUCUGCUUGAAAAACAAACAUUAGAAGAGAAUCUUGUAAAAAUAGUAAUGUGUUUAUGCUCAGUAUUUCUUCUUUAUUUUUGAUGUAACAUAAUAGUGCUAUCCUUCAGAAAUGAAAUAACUACAUGUAGUUGUGUUAAAGCAUGACAUCCUUUCACUACUUUUAGUGUCCUUAAAGUGCUGCCUUUAUUGUAAGAAUUAUGAAUCCUAAAUUGCGUAUGGGUUACAUUUAUUAUUAAAUGAUUUAUCUUUAUAGAGUGAUAAUUUAAUUCUAUAUUAGGUUAUAAAAAUAAAUUGUAUACUUGCUAAAUUUGCAUCUCUAAACACGUUCAUAGACUUUGCUAAGUAAUGUAAAAUUAUUUCUUACACACAGGACUGGCAUUUCUGAUGAUUUUACCUAUGCCGGCUAAAGCCCAUCUUCAUGCAUUGAUUACAAAAAUGUAUAUAUUUUUAUGUAAAAUGCGAUUAAAUCCAAUACCUUUAUAGUUGCUCUUAAUUCCAUAUGGAAUAUGUCUCGAUUCAAAAUAAAUUAGUUUACAGAAAAAAAACAUAACCUCAGGCUACAAAUGACAAAGAUAAAAUGGAAGUAAUGACUUCUGUUUGUGGACAUUGAUUCCCGAGCUUUGUUUAUAAUACGCUAAAAUAAGAAAAAGGGAUUAGAAAGUAUUUUGCUUCGCUUUAUGAAGUCUAAUAAGGUAUGCAAGAAAAAUAAUAUACCACUGGAUGUACAUACAGAUGAGAAUAUCCGGCUGUCGGGUAACUGUUUUAACGAUAAGGAGACUCUGUCGAGUUACCGCCAAUAACAGUUACCCUCGAAUCGUAUCAAAUUAUCAUAUUCGUUUUAGCAUGUUUAGUGAGGUCGAUAUGACGAUUUCUUGAUAUAACUUUUCCAAGGUCGAUACAUUCUCGUAUUGAUCUAGCCUUAAAGGCAUGAAUGUCUAUGAAUGUUUUUAGAACUGUCAUGUUAGCAAAAUACAUCUGUAUGUGGUUUUAUUAGUAAAUCUAACGACUACUAGGCUACUUGUGGAAAUGGUUGCAAACAGUUUUUGGUCUUAAAUUGUAUAUGAUGUCACGUUAUGUGUAACUGCUGUAAGUCAAUAUCCAUGAUCAACAUGUUUUUAUCAUUAAUCGUGCGACUCUGUUUAAACCAAUGAAAAUAUUAUAAAUGUAGCUUUGAUAAUAAAGUAUUUACUUGGA